AAUAAUCAAUUUAUUGACAUAACAAGAUAAAGUUACAAUUGCCCCCAAUUUAAGACACGAUAACACUUUCUUCGUCAACUAUAAAAUACCUCAGUAAUGUGCGAAGGGUAUCAGUUUGAUCAGUGACUUAAAACCUAUUCAAAAUGAAAUUCAUCGUUGCUUUCGCUGCCCUCGUCGCCGUGGCUGUGGCUUCCCCCGUGAAGCGCCCCAUGCCUAUGCCUGACAACAUCUCCAUCGGGCCCGCCUUAGUGGAUAUCGGACCUGCCAUCGUUGACUUCCCCAUCCCCGCUCCUUGUGAUGCCGGAGCCGUCGUGCCUUCCCCCGUCGUUAUUGGUGACCUGAGUCCCGAACAGCCCGCUCCUCUCGUCCAGAUCAUUGUCAACGUCAACCAGGCCGGUCUUGCCCCUGCUCCCGUUGGACCCAAGCCCGACCCCGUGAUUGUCGUUGAUGAAGCCGAGGCAGUCCCUAUCGUUGUGGACCCCGUGGAUGUUGUAGAUGUCGUUCCUGUCGUCGACGUGGACCCCGUGGCCGUCGUGGAUGUCGUCCCCGUCGUCGACGUGGAUCCCGUGAACGUUGUGGACAUCUCCCCUGUGGUUGACGUCAGCCCCGUGCAGGUCGUAGACCUCACCCCCGUGAUCGACGUUGGCCCUGUUGGCGUGGUGGAAAUCAGCCCUGUGGUCGCCCCCGAGCCUGUGCACGUCGUUGACAACGGAGUUCUCGUCAACACCCCUGUAGUUACUCCCAUCCAUCAUUAAAUGCAUUGAACUGCGAUUAUUGUCAAACGGAUACCUGAUUUGUUAAAAUGUAUUUAUUAUAAUAAAAUAAGGCUUUUCAUAUAAA